AUGCCUAGAGACAGUAUCAGACACCGAUACCGUUAUGACGACCACAGUUCAAGCUCCAGACACCGUCGGAAAUCCAGAUCUUCAAGUGAAGAAUUUCGAAAAUCCACCAAAAAGUCUGGCAAAAGUGGCUCGGAAAGACGCCGAUCUACCUCUUCAAAACGAUCAAAAAGUAACCACAACCGUAGAAAAUCUCCUCACAAAUCCAAAAAACAUGAUUCCGACAGUGAUUCUUCUAGUAGCAGUGACUCUAGUGACUCAAAUAAAUCCAUAAAAUUACUCAAGAAACUCGAAAAGAAGCGUUUGCAGGAAAUCGAAGAGAGGCGCAAACAAAAGGAGCUAAUGAAAGCUACAGAAACUGCAGAAGAAAAACGUUUAAGACGCCUAAAGAAAAAAGAAGAAAAAGAGAGGAAACGCAAAGAAAGAAUGGGCUGGGACAAUGAAUAUCUCCACUACACAAAUAGCGAUAAUCCGUUUGGAGAUGGUAACUUACUAAGCACAUUUGUUUGGAACAAAAAACUAGCAAAAGAAGGUUUAACAAAUGCAUCCCGUGCAGAACUUGAAGCCAGAAAUAGAUUUAAGCAAGACGAAAGCAAAAGAGAACUAGAAAAAGUAAAAAAAAGACGUCUGGAAAGGGAAUUAGAAAAACAGCGCCGAGAUGACGACAAUCAAUUACUUCAAAGAAGCAAGGAGGCAGCACAGUUUGAGGAAUGGGAGAGACAAGAGGAUAAUUUCCAUUUAGAACAAGCAAGGUUGAGAAGCCACAUAAGAAUUCAGGAUGGUAGAGCCAAGCCUAUUGAUCUACUAGCAAAGUAUAUCAGUGCAGAAGAAGAAGUAGAUGCUGUAGAAAUGCACGAACCUUACACUUAUCUUAAUGGACUGCAAAUAAAAGAUUUAGAAGAUCUUGUAGAAGAUAUCAAAGUAUAUAAAGAGUUAGAGAGGGGCAAGAAUUUAGACUACUGGAACGAUAUUACUGUAAUUGUAGAAGAUGAGCUUCAAAAAUUAAGAAAACUGCAAAGAGAACAAGAUUUUGAUGCUGGAAUUGGUAGACGCGAAGGCAUAAAUCAAGCAGUAGCCCAAGACGUUACAGCAGUAUUCAAAGGCAAAACAGCCAUACAACUUGAGGAUCUUCAAAAGCAAAUUGAAAGCAAAAUCAGUGGCAAAUCUGAUGGUAUUGACAUAGGCUAUUGGGAGUCGCUUUUGUCUCAAUUGAAAGCUCACAUGGCUAGAGCCAGACUUAGAGACAGACAUCAACUUAGUUUGAAGAGAAAACUUCAAGUAUUAAAAGCUGAACAAGCUGUAACUGUGCCUGAAAUAAAUGCUGAAAAUAGUAAUCAGUCUUCACAAAGUCCACAAGAAUCCAAACCAGGAACUUCACAAGAAUCAGCAGACAAUGAAAGUCAAAGCGAUGAGGAAGGUGAAAAUAAUGAAGAAGCAGCCAGUGAUAUACUCAAUGAAUGCUUUGUUGCUUACCAAAAUGGCAACUACAGUCCUAAACUAUUAAAUUCUGAGCAAAUUGAGCCUGGCACCAUAGUGGUUUCAGAAGAAGAUGAUAUAAAACGUUUAGAAUUUGCCAGAUUGCAAGUGACAAAUAAAGGCAAGAAAGUGGAAAAUGUUAUCACAAAAGAGGAGCUUUUACUUCAGAAAGAAGCUCGAAGUGGCAUGGGUGAAGAUGAAGCCCAAUUCAGUGUGGAACAAGCAUUGGACAGUCAAGUUUAUUUAUGGUCUGAUAAAUAUAGACCGAGGAAACCAAGAUACUUCAACAGAGUCCAUACAGGGUUUGAAUGGAACAAAUAUAAUCAAACUCAUUAUGACAUGGAUAAUCCUCCACCCAAAAUAGUCCAAGGGUAUAAGUUUAAUAUAUUUUAUCCAGAUUUAAUUGAUAAGAAUUGCACUCCUGAAUAUUUCCUCACUCCUUGUCCAGAAAACAGAGAAUUUGCUAUACUUAGAUUCCAUGCAGGACCUCCAUAUGAAGAUAUAGCCUUCAAAAUUGUUAAUAGAGAGUGGGAGUAUUCAUAUAAAAGAGGAUUUAGGUGUCAGUUUCACAAUAAUAUUUUCCAAUUGUGGUUCCAUUUCAAGAGAUAUAGAUAUAGGAGAUGA